ACAACACUUUGAGUGGUUUAGUGGAAUUUGAUGGGUACUAUCUCGAAGUGAGCCAUGUGUUGCUUGUAGUUCUCCUGAGGUGCCCUACAGUAGGAUGAAGCUAGCAACUUUAAAAUCAGAAACGAAAUUUACAGAUAAUCGCAUCAUAGUGAAAUGUACUGGGAGCUAUACCAUCCAGAGUGUGACCAUGAAUGUUCACAAUGCUCAUAGGUCCAAAUCAGUUAAAGUCUUGAACCUCUACUACAACAAUAGGACUGUGGCUGACUUGUCAGAGUUGAAGAAUAAUUGAUCAUUGCGUAAACAUGCAAAGAGCUACCACCUUGCUUUCAAUCAGACUGAGCUAAAAGUGGACUUUCCCAUUCCAAUCACUGCAACAAAAAUCUUCAAACUUUAUCCCUUGAACCAUUGCAGUGGUCAUCCUGUCACUGAUAAGCAUGGGAUUUGUAGUAAUUGCCAUGAGAGUGCAUAUCAAUGCAGGCAAUGUCGCAAUAUCAAUUAUGAGAAUCUGGAUUCUUUCUUAUGCAAUGAAUGUGGGUAUAGCAAAUAUGGUCGAUUUGAAUUUAAUUUCAUGGCAAAGCCAAGAUUCAUUUUUGAUAGUAUGGAAAACGAUGAGGAUAUGAAGCGGGGACUGGCUGCUAUAGAAUCCGAAUCAGAAAAUGCUCACUGGAGAUAUCAGCAGUUGCUGGGCUUUAAGAAACCUUUGCUUAAGAUUGUGUCAAGCAUUGGUGAGAACGAGAUUGACUCUCAGCAAAAGGAUUCCGUGCAGCAAAUGAUGGUCUCUUUGCCUGGACCUUCAUGUAAGAUAAACCAAGUGCAAAGCAGCUUUUGAUUCUGUUAGCAAAAAGUGUGCAGACACUUCAAGGGCUUCGACAAGUUUUGAUGAACUACUUGCAUCAGAAAAAUUCUGAUAGUGCAGUUGCAUCAUCCAGAUUUGUGGUUUCCAGAUCACCAAAUAAUUGGUAUGGCUGUGCUUCUACAUUUGUUACAGUGUCUGGAAAUACUGCAGGUGCUAUCAAAGCGCCCAAACUCAAAGAAGCAACUUGUUUCUGCUGGCAUAUUUUUCUAGUUGUGUGAAAAUAAUAUUCAUCAGGGUCCUAAAACUGCUCGUGUCCAAGCCAGAACAGCUCUUUGUGCUUCCUCAGAAGGUGAUACAUAUGCGGUGGCUGAGUUGAAUAGUUUGAUACAAAAGAAAGUCUUGUACUGCCUUGAACAUCAUCGCUAAAUGGACAUUGCCCUGGCUACCCAUGAAGAGCUGCUGUUGCUUUCAGAGGUGUGUUCUUUGGCGGAUGAAUUUUGGGAGGUCAAGACUGUGAGUUUUCUUCCAGUUGUUAUUUUCUGCAAUUAAAUCAGGUGCCAAGCAUCCUGCUAUUUCUGAGCAUGUUAUUCUUCCUUGUCUGAGGAUUAUAGCUCAGGCAUGUAUUCCUCCAAAACCAGAUAAAACCGACAAGGAGCCAGGAAUGGGAAAGCCCGCCUCUUCAUCAGAUGAAAACAACUUAAAUCCUUCUGUACAUUCCUGUGCUCUUGUUAGUGGGGGUAAGACUAUGCCAGAAUCAUUAGAAAAGCGUUGGGAUGGUUCUCAAAAGAGUCAAGACGUGCAGUUACUGAGCUACUCAGAGUGGGAGAAGGGAGCUUCAUAUCUUGAUUUUGUUAGGCGGCAGUAUAAAGUUUGCCAGGCUGUGAAGGGAGGUCUGAGGUCUCGGCCACAAAGAUAUGACUACCUGGCUUUGAAAUAUGCCCUUAGAUGGAAGCGCCGUGCUUGUAAGACCAAAAGUGAUUUUACAUCAUUUGAGAUGGGCUCUUGGGUUACAGAACUUGUAUUGAGUGCUUGUUCUCAAUCUAUUAGGUCUGAUAUGUGUAUGCUGAUUAGCUUACUUUGUGGCCAAAGCUCUUUGUGGCGUUUCCGAUUGUUGAAUUUCCUAAUGUCAUUGUUACCAGCAACACUUUCUGCUGGUGAAAAUGCCGCUGAGUACUUUGAAAUGCUCUUUAAAAUGAUAGAUUCAGAAGACGCCCAUCUUUUCUUGACUGUACAUGGUGGCCUAACUACAAUUUGUGAGUUUAAUUAGCCGAGAAGUGGACAAUGUUGAAUCCCCGGAGAGGAGCCUGCAUAUUGACAUUUCACAGGGCUUUAUUCUUCACAAGCUAAUAGAGCUCCUCAGAAUUUUUUUGGAGGUUUGCAAUAUCUGAUCCAGAUUCAUGCGGGAGAAGUUGUUGUCUCAAGUCCUUGAGGCCUUCAUCAUCUUUGGAGGCUUGAUAGUGCAAAAGACGAAGCUGAUUAGUGAUUGUAAUCGUCUUUUAAAGGAUCUUCUUGAUGGU